GGGGGGGGAUAGCCUCUCUAUAACCUCCGCUCUUGGCACUUGGACACUCACAUCAUUUCAUCUCAGAGAGCUCAGAGUGAAGCAACUCCUCCAUCAUGGCCAAAGUCAAGAUGCUGGCGCUACUCUUGGCGAAUUUCAUCUCAUCUGCUGUGCUUAUCGAUAUCAGCAAGCUCACAGUGUUCCCCAAACAUGGCAGUAUCUUGGGAGUGUUCCAUGCAUCAUUCCCAGGCAGCUAUGCCUUCAACGCAUCUGCAGCCAGAGAUGUGUGUGAACAGCUGGGUGUAACGAUAGCGGAUAAGGCACAGGUGCUCAGAGCUUCCACACGAGGCUUCGAAACAUGCAGGUUUGGAUGGAUAGAUGAACAAAUUGCUGUUGUUCCAAGGAUUCAAGCCAAAGAUACGUGUGGUAAAGGAAAAGUUGGAGUCAUCCCAUGGCGGACUACUCUCAGUACAAAGUUUGACGUCUACUGUUUCAAUUCAACAGAUUUUGAAGCACAAGCUCAAGCAACCACAACACAAGUCCAUAAGACCACAAGUGGGACACCUGCACCACACAUGUCCAAAGGUGGAGUUCAUCUACAACAGGUUAAAACUACUCAGUCUGCUUCAUCCACCUCUUCAUCUGAUCUCCACCAAACCUUUUUUGUGUCCUCUCGGGCUCUGAUCUACCCAGAGGACAAGGAAAAAGCCCAGGCCUUUGGCGGCACAAACCCUAACAUUGGAGUCGUCCCGACUGCUUUGCUCAUCACAACCAUCUUCACGUUCCUACUGGCUGCCAUGGUUGCUGUUUGGUACUUCAAAAUGAACAGGUCCUGCGCAGGCCUGUGUGAUGGGGAGCAGCAGAAGGAGUGCAUAGAGACUGAGGUCUGGGAUGAACACAGCACAAAAGAUGUGAAAGAGUCCCGAACUGAACUGGAAAACAAGGACGCUGACGAUGUUAGUGUGACCAUGAACUGUGACAACGAUGGCGAUAACGAGAGCGAAAGCGGGGCGACUUCAUAACCAGCCACUGUAGACCGACACUCUGAGAAGCUGCUUGAAUGGUUACUUUAAAAUAGCAUGAUGCAAAUGUAUUUAUUUGUUCAACAUUUUUCUUAUUUAGUUUUUAUCUGUGAUGUAGCCUACAAUGUUUAUAAAUCUGAUUAUCAACUUUUUUUAAACAGAAUGUACUGCUUUUUUUUAAAUGAAGCUGCCUUUCUCUGGCUAAUACGGGAGGUGUGCCACUUGGUGAAAGAUCUGAAUGAUUUAUAUAAAGUUUCUGAAAUGAUUAUAAGCGCUGUGGGGAAAAGUAUUUGCCCUCUUCUAAAUUUUGCAUAUUUUGCACAUUUGAAUGUUUUAGAUCAUCUAACUACUUUUAAUAUUAGACAAAGAUAAUUCUAGUAAAAUUGUCUUACUUUAUCCAUCCAUCCAUUUUCUAAGCCGCUUCUCCGUCAGGGUCGCGGGGGGGUGCUGGAGCCUAUUCCAGCAGUCUUCGGGCGGAAAGCAGGAUACACCCUUGACAGGUCGCCAGUCCAACGCAGGGCUGUCUUACUUUAUUAAAGGAAAUCUGCUGUUCAUCUGUA